UAGCAGCACAAGGAAAACGAAAGCAAGAAAGUCACGCACAUACAUCCACACUCUGCUUCACGCACACCAGCGCGCGCUCGCUCGCAGGCUGUCCCAAUUCCGCGAGGACCACCGGUUUCUCCCUCCAAUUCGCGCGGAUUUGGACUCCGUUGGUGCGCGAUCUCUGAAUUACAGGGGAGCGGCUUCCUUGCCGAAUUUCGUGCGAAUUGCGGAUCCUGAGUGCUCGAUCUCGUUCUUGGAGCAACAAGGCUUUCAGGAUUGGCGUUGUUAUUGACUUAUUGUGCCAUUUCUGGGGAGCAGUUCUGAUUAAGAUUCGGUUUCUUUCGAUGCGAGGAGGUCCGAAUUCGGUGCCAAUUCGAGCGAAUCUUGCAUCCCCAAUUCUCGAUCUCGAGUCCCCCGGAAGUGCAUUCGCGUGAUUGGUGUGCGCGAAUUUGGGGGAUUCUCGCCCUGCUGAAACAGGGGAAUCGGGGUGAAUUGGGCGGCAAUUGCGGAGGAUUCGGAGGAGGGGGCAGUGAUCCGGCGGCCAGAUGAUUGCGGCGGUGGGCCGGGCACCGGAGGGCUGGGGCGAGGACGAGAUGUCCGUGCUGCCGCGGCACACCAAGGUGGUGGUCACCGGCAACAACCGCACCAAGUCGGUGCUAGUGGGCUUGCAUGGAGUCGUGAAGAAGGCCGUCGGCCUUGGAGGCUGGCAUUGGCUGGUUCUAGCUAAUGGCAUAGAGGUAAAGCUGCAAAGGAAUGCUUUAUGUGUGAUUGAACCCCCGACCGGCAACGAGGAUGACGAUAAAUUCAUCUGUGAAAACAUGCAGUGGAAUAGUUCAGAUAUGGCAUCCGAUGAUGCACAAUCACCAAAGCCACAGCGGUCAAGGAGCAGGCAGCAUAGGGGGUUCCACAGCAAAACCCUUGGCCGUUCCAUGUCAAGUGAUUCCCACUCCAAGACGUCUGUUUCGUCGUCCUCCAAAUCUAACACGAAAGUUGACCUGAGCAAGCUAGAGUUAACUGCACUGUGGAGAUAUUGGCGUCACUUCAAUCUUGAUGCAAGUCCUAAUCCGUCCAGGGAGCAGUUGGUUGAUGCUGUUCAAAGGCACUUCAUGUCCCAGCAAUUGGAUGAGCUGCAGGUCAUCGUUAGUUUUGUGCAGGCUGCAAAGAGGCUGAAGACGAGUAUGAAAGUGGCCUGACAUUGGGAGCUGAUCUUCAACUAACAGAUUCAAGAUAGGAUGCAGCAUGUUUGAUGAAUGUUGCUGUGCUAGGUUAAUGCACAACUAAACUAUGUUAGUCUUAUGAGAUGUAGAUAUGCAGUAUUCUGGCUAAAGAUGUUUCAACUUUCAACCUCUAGCUCAGUUAUUUCUUGCUGACUGGAUUUGGAUUGAAAUGACAAGUUUAGAACAAGUUCUUUUAUUAUCCUUUGGAUGUU